UGGUAUAACAUAGUGGUGUAGCGCACUUGUUGAUGGUCGACAUUACUUCAUUCUAUAAAGUUUGAGUUCCUAGGUGGUUUUUUAUUUCUCUGUUUGAUUCAUAAAUGGAGUCACUGAAACAGUCUUUAAAAUCUUUUGGUAGUGGUGGUAAAAACAAACAUUCUUCUUCCUCUUCUUCUGCUCCACUAGAGAAACAACCCAUAUUAUUUCAGCAAGAUAACACUGGUUCAGUGAGAAAAGAAGUUCUGAUAAAAAUCGACGGUGGUGGUGAUGAUGAAAGCAGUCACAAAGGAAACCGGAUUUGGAGAAGAUCAAGUUAUGACUACAAGAACGGUAAUAGUGGUAGAGGUGGUAAUAAUGAAGGUACAAGUUUAUCAGCCAUAGCUGGUGAGGAAUUUAAUUUCAUACAAGAACAGCAGCAGAAGCAACAAAAACAGUCACAGAGAUUAAGAGACGAUCCACCAUUAAAACUGAUUGAUCAGUUCUUAGAUCUUCAAAAAGCUUCUGGUGAAAUUUCAUUAGAUAUGGAUUUAGAGAUGGAUGAACUUGUUAAUGAGCAUAAAAACAAUACUAUUAAAGAAAAGCCAUAUGAACCACCACCAAAAACCUCAUUCCCCACAGCUUCACCUACAGUAAUCAUCAAAACUGCUCCGCAAGCCAUUCCUCUAUCAUCUGUUCCUCUGCCACUUAGGAGAAGAAGUAUUGAUAAUUACCAAAUUAAUUUACAGCAAACGAAAAAUAAUCAGAAUCGUGAGUCUCCACAUUUUGGAGGAGCGGGAGGUACUGAUGAAGUGAUAAGAUGUACUUCAAAUGAUACCUUUAAUAGAAACUCAAAUACUUCCUAUAAAAGGAAUUCAAAGAUUACGAGGACUAAGACUAUGAAAUCAAGAUUAAUGGAUCCUCCAGCAGAUAAAGUCAGAUCAGGGAGAGUACCAGCAAAAUCAGCGCAAUUAAGAUCAGGGUUUAUAGGUGGUAAAUCAUUAAGAUUAAUAAAGGAAGAAGAUGAAGAAGAAGAUCCUUUUGCUGUAGAGGAUAUACCAGAUAAGUAUAAGAAAUCAAAGUUUUUUAGCCCUUUAGUUAUUCUCCAAUGGGUUAGUCUUAUAUUAAUCUUGGGUGCAUUAAUUUGUUCACUUACUAUUCAUGAACUUAGUAAGAGGAGACUAUGGGCACUUCCUUUGUGGAAGUGGGAGCUAAUAAUAUUUGUUUUGAUUUGUGGGAGAUUAGUUUCCGGUUGGGGGAUUAGAAUUGUUGUUUUCUUCAUUGAGAGAAAUUUCAUUUUAAGGAAAAGGGUUUUGUAUUUUGUUUAUGGGUUGAGAAAGGCUGUGCAGAAUUGUCUAUGGCUAGGUCUGGUUUUAUUAGCUUGGCAGUACUUGUUUGAUAAAAAAGUUGCUAGAGAUGUGAUCAAGGAUAGAACUAAUAUACCGGUUUACAUAACCAAGUUUUUGAUCCUUUUCUUAGUGAGUACAUUGUUAUGGCUCGUGAAGACUCUUCUGGUUAAGGUUUUGGCUUCGUCUUUUCAUGUAAGCACUUACUUUGAUCGAAUUCAAGAUUCAUUAUUUACCCAGUAUGUGAUUGGGACGUUAUCCUGUCCGCCGAUGAUUCAGAUUCUGAGGAACCAGGAAGAAGAGGAACAAGUAAUGGCUGAAGUGCGGAAUCUUCAGAAUGCAGGGGCUACUAUGCCAGCUGAUCUUAGGGAAACAGCUUUUCCACCAAUGAAGAGUGGGAAGGUUAUUGGAAGUGGGAGAAUUCAAAAUAGUUCUAAGUUUAAAAGUGGUAUUAGAGCCUCAGGAAAUAAUACUCCAAGUAAAAAAGAUGAGGGUAUUUCCAUUGAUGAAUUGCACAGAUUGAACCAGAAAAAUAUCUCUGCUUGGAAAAUGAAGAGGUUGAUGAAGAUAAUUCGUCAUGGCGUAAUAACUACACUUGAUGAGAAGAUACAGGAUUCUUGUGAUUGUAAUGAAGAGGAGUCGGCAACGACAAUCAGAAGCGAAUUCGAGGCCAAAUCUGCUGCAAGGAAGAUAUUCAACAAUGUGGCUAAGCCUCAGUCCAAGUUUAUCCACCUCGAGGAUAUAAUGCGCUUCAUGGGAGAGGAGGAAGCCGAGAAGACUAUGAAUCAAUUUGAAGGAGGAAUGGAAACCAACAGAGUCAGCAAAAAAUCUCUGAAACAUUGGGUGAUCAACGCUUUCAGAGAGAGGAGAGCCCUUGCCUUGACUCUGGAUGACACAAAAACGGUCGUAAACCAGCUCCACAGAAUGGUGAAUGUUGUUGUGUGCAUCCUUAUAGGGAUUAUCGGGGUACUCAUACUUGAGAUAGCAACCACCAAAUUUCUAGUCCUCAUCAGUUCUCAACUUCUUUUAGUGGCUUUCAUGUUUGGCAAUACGUGCAAGAUGGCAUUUGAAGCUAUCAUCUUCUUAUUUGUGAUGCACCCUUUUGAUGUCGGUGAUAGGUGUGAAGUUGAAGAUGUUCAGAUGGUUGUGGAAGAGAUGAACAUCCUUACCACUGUGUUUCUAAGAUAUGACAACCAAAAGAUUAUAUACCCAAACAGUGUUCUCGCCACCAAGCCGAUCAGCAAUUUAUAUCGAAGUCCAGAUAUGGGUGAUUCAAUCGACUUCUGUGUCCACGUCUCAACUCCGGUGGAAAAGAUCUCUACCAUGAAAAAGCGACUGACAGCGUAUAUUGAAAGCAAAAGAGAGCAUUGGUACCCUUCACCAAUGAUUGUAGUGAGAGAUGUGGACGAUUUGAACAGGCUGAAAAUCUCAGUGUGGUUGUGUCACCGGAUGAACCAUCAAGACAUGGGGGAGAGGUGGGUGAGAAGGGCUCUCGUAGUAGAAGAGAUGAUUAAAGUCCUCAGGGAACUAGACAUUGAAUACCGUAUGCUGCCUCUUGAUGUUAACGUAAGAAACAUGCCUGGUCUCUCCUCCCAACGUGUUCCCUCGAUUUGGACUGUCAGCAACAAUUACUAGUCUAACUUCCCAGCUAAGAUUUCCUCCAAAGCAUAUGUCGGAGCAUUAUCAUAUUAUGUGUCCAUAUGAAGUACAGUCCUUGAUCAUAUCACGUUAUGUAAUAGAUUUUAUGAGGUAUAUAUAUAGUUAAUUUCCCAUCAUCCGGCGGCUAAAAGUUGUGUGUUGCAGGGAUUUCAUUUGUUUGCAUAUAAAAGCUUUUGAGAUCCACAUUAGUCCCCAAUUAAUA